GCUUGGUUUUUAUUCAACGCUUAUAUAGAGACCUAGAAGCACAGCAUGGGACCGAGCGUUAUAGUAGUACUUAUAUCACUUUUAUUUCUGACAGAUUUAACUGUUGCCGAUGAAGAGCCUUUUAAUAGUACAGUACCAGAAGAAGUUAUUGAGUGCAGUCCGAGUUGUUUUAAAGUUAUAAAGCCUGUUUUAGACCAUUUCAUGCAAUUUAAAACGUCCGCGGAUAAAAGCCAAAACCUAAAUGAACAGUUGAUGGAUGUGAUAAACGAAAAUAAAAUAAAAGAAGAGAAUUUAUAUGCGUUGAUCAAAAGCAACGAUGAGCAAAAAAACACAAUCAAUACCCUGACCAAAAACAACGAUGCUCUUAUGAAAGCACAAAGUAGCAAUGAAGAGCUGAUAAGGAUUUUUAAAAGUGAAAUAAGCCAAAAAAACAAUGAAAUUGAAAAUAAAGAAACGAUUAUAAAUUCAUUAAAAAAUCAAAUAAACCAAAAAAGUGAAGAACUUAAAAAAGCUAGGGAAGAAAAAGACGAUUUUAGUAAAAAACUGCUUAGUUGUUCGGACAAUAUUAUUAAAAACAUGAAUUCUUUGAUGGAAAAAGAAAAGGAGAUCCAGGAACACAAAGAGGAGAUUAAAAGAAAAGACGAUCUACUGAAUAAAAAAGACAACGAAAUCCUGGAGAAGACAGAUCAGGCAAGGAGCAAGGACGCCCUGAAUGAGGCCCUAACUAGUCAAAUAAAUGUUAUAUCCCAAAACUUAACAGAAACUAAUGAAAAAUUUUCAACAUGUGAUGAAAUAAACUCUUGUCUCCCCUCCGGCAAAGGCCUUUUCCAUAUAAAGCUUCCGGGAGUGAGUGCAUUUGAGGCUCCUUGCAAUGGAUCUGGAUGGAUGGUAAUUCAGAGACGGAUGGAUGGCAGCGUGAAAUUUGAUCGCAAUUGGACGGAAUACAGAGAUGGGUUUGGAAAUUUGACAGGGGAAUUCUUCUUAGGCCUGGAGAAGUUGCACCUCAUAACUCAAUCGAGACAGCACGAGCUACUUAUCCGUCUGGGAAAAGUGGAUGGAUCCACUGCUUUCGAAAAGUAUGAUGAUUUCAAGAUUGGUAGUGGAAGGGAUUCCUAUCCAUUGGAAUCGGUUGGACGUCCCACUGGAGACGCAGGCGAUUCCCUUAACAACAAUUUGAACAUGAAGUUCUCAACAUUUGACUGGGAUAAUGACCUGGAGGAAGGCAAUUGCGCUGAAGAUGGAGGUGGCUGGUGGUUUAAGUCAUGUGGAACCAGCUUUCUGAACGGACACUUUCACAAAGAUGGUAAAUCGGAGAAUGAGGAUGGGAUAAAUUGGGGAAGUUGGCACAAUUACGACUGGUCUGUUUCUCUUACAUCUGUUGAAAUUACGAUAAGACCAAAACUUUUUUAAGUAAAUUUUGGAUUAAUUUAGAAACUUUGUUACAGAAGGGUAUACAGUUAUAUAUACUUUCAGAUGCUAGCUUCAAAACCAAUUUUAUUCUAUUUUUUAGAGCCAUUAACCAUGGUCACUAGAAGACAUGUCUCGUCAAAUGGAUGAAGUAUACUCUUAUUUUUGCCAAUUUUUAUCGUCAAGGUUGUUUAGAAUGUAAAUUUUUUAUAAGAACUACUAUAAUAUAGUUAGAUUAUAGUAAUAAGCUUGAAAAGUGGCUUUAAAUAAUCUUCGAUCCUGUAGAGUUCGCAAAUAUUUAUGUAUGUGCAUAGGAUAAGUUCAAACCAAAACUGCUUUUAUUAAAACAGAUAAGACAAGCCCGGAUUGUGGAUAGGCUCUAUGUUUCAAGACAAGCCCGGCUUAAUUUUCAUUCAACCGUAACACCUGGAAACACGCCAAAGUGAAAUUAAUGAAAAACCAAUUAAAUUAUAAAUUAAGAAACGCUUAAAAAUUUAUUAAACAAACAAAUCCAAAAGAAACAAAAAUUAAAUAUCAUAUAGUUAUUAGAAAAUUAAAUAUAACAAUUAAAAAAUAAAUAAACAAAAUAAGAAA